AUGUCCUCGACAAGACACAGAGUCCAACAAGCACGAGCGCCUGUUUUACCUUCUAAAACCACACCAGAACAGAGGUACUGGAAAGGAUUCAUGAAUCCUCAGCUCAUCAAGGAAAAUCAUCCCAUCACACACAUCCACUUCAACCCAGUUUCUCCCCAUGAUUUUGCCGUUACUUCCUCUACAAGAAUCCAAGUUUUCUCUUCCAAAACAAGACAGGUCACAAAAACGUUCUCAAGGUUCAAAGAUGUGGUGUACUCGGGUGAAUACAGAUAUGACGGGAAGCUUUUAGUCGCUGCCGAUGCCCUGGGUCUUGUCUCCAUCUUUGACGCAUACCAGCCUCGAAAUCUUCUUGUCAGUAUAUCGCCAUCCUCCCAUCCAUCGCAUGUUGCCAAAUUUCACCCAACGAUAGGAAACCAGCUUGUCACCGGCUCUGACGAUAGAGUCAUGAGAGUUUACGAUAUUUCCCAGAGUACAAGUGGACCUAUUGUCGAGUUUGAUGACUCCCUUCAUAACGAUUACAUAAGAAGUUGUGCUUUUGUUCCAGGUAACUCUAACUUAAUUACUACGGGGUGUUACGAUGGUGUGAUCAGACUCUUUGAUACCAGACAACAAGACCCCAUUGCCAAGUUUGACCAAGGGAGUCCUGUGGAAGAUGUGUUAGCUCUCACUCCUACGACGUUAGUCAGCGCUGGUGGUCCCCAAGUUAAAGUGUGGGACUUGGCUAAAGGAUCUCAAAUACGUGAGUUCACUAACUUCACUAAGACCGCCACCUCUUUGCACGAUGCCGGCAGCAAAGGCUUGCUCGUCGGUUCCCUUGAUGGCCAUGUGAAGAUAUUCGACUACAGCUCUCCAAAUUGGGAUGUCAAAUUUGGCUGGAAGUUUGCCAGUGGAGGUGUAUUGAGCACAGCUGUUUCUCCUAAUUAUAAGCAUUUCGCUACAGGCUUGACAUCUGGUCUUCUCUCUAUCAGAACAAGAAAAACUGAGCCUAAGUCCGUUCAGCAGAAACAGAAGCAUUCUCUCUCAUAUGCCAGAGCCAUCAAGGGCAAUGAUUAUACUGGAGAUGAAGGAGCACAAAUCAUUACGACUGCAGGAACUGGCCCCAAGAAGAUAACUCCUUACGAAAGGAAUCUUCGUGGUUUCAGAUGGGCCGAAGCGCUCGACACUGUUGUUGGUGGUGGGUACUCUAAAGAGCAGGUGGUGACCGUAAUGCAUGAAUUGAAGAAGAGAGGUAAAAUUAGAGCUGCCUUGUAUGGUAGAGACGAAAGUUCACUAAUGCCCAUUGUGCAAUGGUGCAUCAAAAACCUUGAAGACGUGAGGUACUUCAACGUCAUAUGUGAUUAUCUUGCUGUGAUUUUCGAAUGUUAUGGUCAUUUGCUUAGUAAGAGUGUUGCUCUUGAAGAGGCUUUUAACACCUUGUCUCAGCAAAUACGAUUGGAGGUCAGAAAGUGCAAAGACGCAAAGGAAAUGAGUGGAAUGUUGGAACUAUUAGCUAUUUAA